AGUGAUGGCGGAGGAACCGCGGCGGGAACCCUAGCAGACCAAAUGCAGUUCGAUAAUUCUCGUUCAAAAUGCCACCCGCAGUAUUACAACAAUGAAAUUGAGGACUACAAAUUGGGUGAAUGUACAGUUGUGCUACAUAAUGGAGCAACGGGUGUCAACCAGGACUGCUCCAUUCAGCUGCCAUUUUUCUGCAAGCAAGCCAAGUGCGGAGGGCCUCGACAGCUACCGUCAUUAGUUGGCCUACCAAGCUGGACUCACAAAUGCGGCUGGUGGUUGGACAACCCCUACAGUGACUUCUGCUACCUGAUAAGGCACCAGCCCAUGAAGACCUGGAAGGAGGCGGAAAAGGCCUGCCAAAGCUUCGGAGGGAACCUGCUCAGUAUCGCGGACUCGCACGAACAAUCCUUUAUACACGGUAUCAUCAAGACCCUGGCGGGCAUUGACUACAUGUGGUUGGGCGCUAAAACCCCAGUGCAUGUACUCUCCAAAUGGACUGAUGGAUCUCGGAUCACUUACGUCCAGUUGAAGAGGAGAGGUUGGUCUGAAAGCAUUUCUGACGUUUUGUUGGUCAAAGAAACCAUAGACAGCUGUGUUAGGUUUUCCACUCGCGGCGACUACUGGGGACUUGCCCAUUGCGACAACAAGCUAGGCUACAUCUGCAAGAGAAUAGGACAAGGAAAAGGAGUGAAACAUUUGGCUUCUGACAGCGCCAACCAGUGUGCUCCUGGGUGGCUUAUGUACCGCACCAGCUGCUACAAAAAGGUGGAGGCCCCCAAUGGUUGGCUGGGGGCCCGGCAUCACUGUUUGUGGGAGGGCGGCGACCUGAUCGCCAUCAACUCCUCAGACGAGGCGCAAUUUGUGAUAAAAACCAUGGGCGAGGAGACCCCGUUCUUCUGGCUUGGACUCUCCAACCUGAAAUGCGAUGUCUGGUGUCGCUUUGAAGGCGGCAAACGGCUCAUAAGAUGGUCCAAUGGCCUGGGAGUAGAUUACGAGAACAUUGGAGAACCUCAUGAUUGGACAUCCGAUGUUCCAUCCUGCGCCUACGUCAACAAAGGAAUGGGUAAUCCUGGCAUGUGGAGGUUUGGUUCCUGCGGUUCCUCAUUCCCCUACAUGUGCAAACGGCCGCUGAAAUGCCCGGCUGGACAGGCGUGUUCCCCCAAAAGCGAUGGUUACAUAUUCAAAGCAGUGGCAACUUCUGACUGCAACGAUGGCAACUUCCUGUAUGGCGAUCAUUGCUAUAAUUCCCAGAAGAUGUACAAAAGUUGGGAGGAAGCCGAGAGGUUCUGUGUCGCGCGGGGAGGCCACCUGGUCAGUGUCCAUUCCAAGGAAGAGACCAAAUAUGUGUUUGAUCACGCAAGGGGUUGGUAUCCUUGGCUUGGACUAACAAAGAAAAACAAUACAUACGAGUGGAGUGACGGAACAGAUUAUGACUACAAAGAGUGGCAACGCAAACAACCUGGGAAGUGCGCAUGCCCAAAUUCUUGGGGGGAGUUAGCUGCCUGCCCCUGCACGGGAGAGCGGCCAUUUGUCUGCAAAACAGCCAAGCUCCUAAGCUCUCCACAGCUCCCACCAUUAAUUGGUCAAGCAGGCUGGACUGACAAAUGCGGCUGGUGGCUGGACGGCCUCUCCGGCGAUUUUUGCCACCUGGUUAUCCGCUGGCCCAAGACCUGGCAGGAGGCGGAAGACAACUGCAAUCGCCUCGGAGGGCACCUGCUCAGCAUCACAGACUUGCCCAAGCAGAACUUCCUACACGGUUACACCAAGGCUCUGGCCAUGGAGGGUAAUGCCUCUCUGUGGUUGGGUGCCAGAACCCCAUUGAACCAAGAUGAUAGCGUGUGGACUGACAAAUCACCGUGGAAGGAAAUCAAAACGGUUGGAGGUGACCUGAACUCAACUCAAAGAUGUCUUUCCAUGGUCACUGGCAGCGGCGACUGGAAGGUCGACAAGUGCGACAAUAAGAAAGACUAUAUCUGCGAGAAAAAAGGAGUGGCGAAUAUAAUACCUUCAUCGUCUCCUAAAGGUGGAGUGGGGAAGAAAAAACCUUCGUCAUCUAACCCUGCCAACCAGUGCGCUCCUGGGUGGCUUAUGUACCGCACCAGCUGCUACAAGAAGGUGGAGGCCCCCAAUGGUUGGCUGGGGGCCCGGCAUCACUGUGUCUGGGAGGGCGGCGACCUGGUCUCCAUUACCUCCUCAGCCGAGGAACAAUUUGUGAAGGACAUCAUGGGCGAGAAGACACCGUUCUGGCUGGGACUCUCCAACCAGAUAUGCGACAACGUUUGGUGUCGCUUCGAAGGCGGAAACCAGAAUUUGAGCUGGUCCGAUGGCCAGAGGAAGUCCCACACCAACUGGAUUUUAAAUCAUACUGAAAUAACCAACAUUACUUCCUGCGCCUAUGUCAACCAAGGGGCUUGGAGUCAGCCUGGCAAGUGGCGCUCUGGAUCCUGCGGUUCCUCCUUGGCCUACGUGUGCAAACGUCCGCUGAGGUGCCCGGGUAGAAAGACGUGUUCCCCCAAAGGCGACGGUUACAUGUUCAAAGCAGUGGCAACUUCUGACUGCAACGAUGGCAACUUCCUGUAUGGCGAUCAUUGCUAUAAUUACCAGAAGAUUUACAAAAGUUGGGAGGAAGCCGAGAGGUUCUGUGUCGCGCGGGGAGGCCACCUGGCCAGCCUCCACUCCAAAGAAGAGGCCCAAUUUGUGUAUGAUCACUCGCAAAGUCAACAUUCGUCUUUUGUGGGACUCAAGAAUAAGACGAAGAAUGAGUACAAAUGGAGUGACGGAACAGCUUUCGACUACAAAGAGUGGGAAAAGAACACCACUGGGGACUGUGCAUUCCCAAAUUCUGUUGGGCAGAUCAGUGCCUGCCCCUGCACAAAAGAGCGGCCAUUCGUCUGCAAAACAGCUAAACGCAGAGGGCCUCAACAGCUGCCACCAUUAGUUGGCCAACUGGACUGGACUGACAAAUGCGGCUGGUGGUUGGACAACCCCUACAGUGACUUCUGCUACCUGAUCGACCACCAGGCCAGGAGGACCUGGGAGCAGGCUCGAACCAACUGCAAAGACUUUGGAGGGGACCUGCUCAGCAUUGCCAACGCUUACGAGCAGGCCAUUGUACAUGUUUACAUCAAGGCUGUGGCAAGUGAGCCAUCGCUGUGGUUGGGCGCCACUCCCACUAAAAAUGACAUCAAAUGGAUUGACGGAACCACGAUCAAUUACUCCAGAUGGAGUGCAGGUAACGCCAAAGAGGGGAAAUGUUUUUCCUUUCUCACUGGCAGCGGCCACUGGAAAGCUGAGACUUGCGACAACCAGCGAGGCUACAUCUGCAAGAAAACAGGACGAAAAUUUCAAGGAGGGCAACAACCUUUGACGUCUUCUAAUGGCAGGUCGUGAUCCUUAGGAAGCUGAGUGCUUGACAUGCAAGGCAAAUAAAGGUGCCAAUGCACCCUGCUAGAGGAGGACUGAAGAGGAGCCCUUUUUUUUUUUCUUCAAAUGCAGCACCGAUGGCCGUAUUUCUUUUCUUUAUUUUACCGAGUGUACCACUUAAAAAGUAAAUGUCAGCGUACACAUGUUUUUGUUAGUGGAAAUAUGUUUAGGUUAUUGUAUAUUUGUUUUGUGUUGUUCGGGCCAAUAAAUAACGUGGGCCUUGAAUCAUAGUGAUAGGUAAGAAGUCCCAACUUUCCAUGCUUUAAUUGUCAGAGGAAGUUCUGGAACUAACUUCCAAAAAGGCUUCUGCUGACGUUUUAUUGGAAAGGAGUUUAUAUAGUCUAGUAUUCAUAUUAUUCCAAUUUACCAUGCAUUAUCAUUCUGUUUGAUUUACCAUGCAUUAUUAUCAUUGAUUGAUUUACCAUGCAUUAUGAUUGUUUGAUUUACCAUGCAUUAUUAUUGUUAUUGUUUGAUUUACCAUGCGUUAUUCUUUGAUUUACUAUGUAUUAUUAUUAUGUUGGAUUUACCAUGCAUCAUUAUUCUGUUUGAUUUACCAUGCGAUAUUAUCCUGUUAUUUUCCAUGCAUUAUUAUUGUUCUUAAUUACCAUGUGUUAUUAUUAUUCCGUUUAAUAUACCAUGCAUUAUUAUUUUGUUUGAUUUACAAUGCGUUAUUAUUAUUCAGUUUAUUUACCAUGCAUUAUUCUGUUUUGAUUUACCAUGCGUGAUUAUUAGUCUAAUUUACCAUACCACCUUCCACCUGUUAUUUUACCUUGUAUAUUCGUCCAAAAAUAUGCAAAUAAAAUAAAAGACAUUUGAUGUUACAGUUAACUCGUUGAGUAGUUUACUGAUUAUAACAAACAAUUCUAAAGAGUCACAUGUAGUUGUGGUAGCAAGAAGAAGAAAAAAAAAAAGGCAAAAACCAUUGU